CCACCCUCCUCUGCUUCGUGCUCUGUGUUUCGCCAACGCGUGUGCGUGUAGACGGUCUCCAUUCAUUCGGCCGCUGCACCAACCCACUCAUUCCACCUUUCCUUCGUUCUUUGUUCGUGCACAGCCGGCGGCAUUGAAGCAGACGGCGGGGAGGGCCAUUGAUAUUGCAUUAUCGACAUACGCCUGCUAAUCACAUAGCGCGAACCACAUCCUUGCACGCGGCACGGGGCUCUGCUGGUCCAGAGCUCACACCCAUACACAGAGGAGAUCGGAGGAGGAUAGCGGAAAAGAGAACAGCCAGCGAACUCAACACGCCCUCCAUCAGCGAGGAGGAGGAUGGAGAGCGCAACGGGGCCAGCGGAAAAGGUGCCCGCCGUGCCCACCACCGCCGCCGGAGAUGAGCAGGAGGCUGCGCUUGCAACGGCUGGACCAACACUUGCAGCAACAAUAGCACCUCCCAAGCAGGAUGUGCAGGACAAUCAGGAGCAGCAGGAGGGGAGGGAUUCGGACGAGGGAGAGAGUGACAUCGACGAGCACAGCCGGCCAGGCAGCCCGCACAGCAUCACCGUGUCGAUAGCCAGCAGCAUUGACAGCGACAGCGUGUCCACGCCAACCCAGGAGCUCGCCAAACCCGUCUUCAUCGAGACCGUCACGCUGCACCACGAGCCCCUGGACGAUCGUGCUUUGUCAACUUCUCCUCAGCCCGAGACGCCCACGGGCCCGCGAACGCCGACGACGCCCCAUGAUCCGACGCGCGACUCCAUGGCUAGCUUCGCCCUGUCUGACACCAGCAUGGACUGGAACAACCUGAGCACCGACACCAUCGACGACGUGCUGGCCACGCCAAGAGUCAAUGGCUCUCGCCGACACCUGCGCAAAGUUAGCAGCCUCGACAUCCUGCAGAACAAGUUUGCCGACCUAGACAGGCCCAGCACGCUCUUUGACACCGACAAGGACGACGACUCUGCCGCCGCUCCGCCCAUGUCUGCCAUCGAGCUCGGCCAGACAGACAAAGACCUGCAGGGCUGGCAGCAGAGGGAGCACCAGCAGGAGCAACCCGUGGCACGUCGAGCGAGCAAUGCCACCAUUGACACCAUCGACAUGCUGGACCAGCCCUCCCUCACCCCGGUGACGCCGAUGAGCAGGACCAGCAGCAUUGGCACGCGCGACUCUGACAGCUCAGGGAGUGUGCAGGUGGAUUGGCAAAAACUUGACAAGAAUGAAGAGCAGGAGAAAGAGGACAAAGCGACACAGGAGGGUGCCGAGGACGAUGCAACCGCAUUCCUGCUGGCGCGACUCGAGCAGGAGAACGCAAAGUUCGCAGCAGACCCCAAGGCUUCCGCGAGCAAGCCUAUACGCCGGAAGACGCGAGCCUACAGUCGCCCUCCAAGCAUGGCGCAGCUGAAGAAGCUCGUGUCUGCGAGCGAUGCACCUUCAAUCCGAUAUAGCCUCGCGUCCGAUACUGGGUUUCCGCCUUCGCCUCAAGAAACACCACCCAUGACGGAGCUGGAGUUCUGGGUCGCACUCGUGCAGGACUACCCGAGCACUGCUGCCCGCCUGCCCACAUUAACCACAUCGAAGAUCAGAUCGGGCGUACCACCACCGUUGCGAGGCGUGGUAUGGUCGUCCAUGGCAGGCGCCAGAGACCGUGACCUGGAAGACGCCUACGAGCGGCUUUUGCACGAGAAGAGCUCCUACGAAGGCAUCAUCAAUAAAGACGUGGGCCGCAGCUUUCCCGGAGUCGAACUAUUCCGCGACGCAGAUGGCGAAGGCCAGAAGAUGCUAGGGCGAGUGUUGAAGUGCUUCUCGCUUCACGACAAGGACAUUGGCUAUUGCCAGGGCCUAGGCUUUCUGGUAGGACCGCUGCUCAUGAAUAUGGGCGAGCGGGAUGCAUUCUGUGUGCUUGUUCGACUCAUGGACCACUUCUCACUGCGUGCCUCGUUCCUGCCCUCUCUUUCGGGCUUGCAUAUGCGCAUUUACCAGUUCUCCGCUCUUCUGAAACAGCAUCACCCCAAACUCCAAGAACACCUGGCCAAGCAUGGCAUCGAGCCAGCGUACUUGUCCCAAUGGUUCUUGUCAUGCUUUGCCGUGUCCUGUCCGCUGAGCAUGCUUUUCCGCAUUUACGACGUCAUUUUCGCCGAGGGCGCCAACGAGACCGUUAUGAGAGUGGCGCUUGCUCUGAUGAGGCGACACGAGGAGCGAAUGCUUGCCACGGAGGAAUUCGAGGAAGUCAUGAGCCUCUUGCUGGGACGUGAGAUGUGGGACUGCUAUGGCGGUGACGCGGACGAGCUGGUAGACGACUUCACCUCUCUCGGAGACAUCGUUACCCACGCGCGGCUGGCGGAGUUGGAGAAAGAGUUUGAGAAGCAGUCCGCCGAAGCUGUCGGCCAGAGUGCUGGCUUCUUGCCCACUGUGCAGGCUGCAGCAUCUGGUUUCUUGGGACGACUCUGGGCUCCUGGACACGCUUCCACUCCCAGCAAGCCCGUCACAAAUCACACGCACAAUGCAAGCACCACCACGUUGUCACCUGAGACGGCCGACAGGGCUCAGGCACGGCCUGGCUUCUUCGGCAGACCUGGAUCGUUCCUGAGGCGCACUCCGAGCAAACAAGACCUGACAGACGCACAUGAUAGCUCCAGCAGCGGCGACAGUGCGUCUACUAAUGGCUCAAGCGCGGUCAGUCUGGCGUCUACCAUCAUCACAGAGCCAGAUCCUCGUAACGACGUUCGGGAAAGCGUAGCUGACAACAUGAGCACGAAAUCGAAAGCAGAUUCGCUGUAUCCACAGACCUCAUCUAUGUUGGUCUCACAGCAGCGUGACUUGCAGGCCCAGAUCGAGGAUCUCCUUUUGGCCAUGGGCGAGAUGCAACGCGAACAAGCACAGCUCGCGGCUAUGCUGCAGAAGGAGCGGGAGGAUCGGAGUGAGGAUCACAGAAUAAUGAGGCAGAUGGUCACCAAACUUCGCAAGGACAAGGAAGAUCGGAGAAGAACAAUGCCGCCUCCACCCAAGAAGCUAUCUCCACUGGAAGUGCCACUACCUAACAGUCGGCCGCUGAGCGUCGGAGACUGGACCGAAGUGCAAAUAGAAGGUGUCGACAGCGCAACACCAGAAAAAGACGAGAUGGAGGAUCUUGUUCAACAAGCACAAGAGCGACUGCAGACCAAUGUCCGGUUUUCUGUGGGCCUAGAAACCAAAGCCCACCUGCGAAGCACGCUUGCCCGGACUCGCGAGCAAUUAGCCGCAGCUGAAGCGCAAGCACAAGAUCUUGCCUUGCGGCUCGAAGCAUCGCAGACUGCGAUUUCCGCCGUACAGGACGAGAGCGACGAUUUGCGAGCGGAGGUGAAGGAGUUGAGGAUCAGGGUGGCUGAUGAGUUCAAGUCGCGGCAGAAACUCGAACACAAAAUCAGCGAGCUCAGCGCUCAAGCGCGAUCCAUCGAACGUAAAGAACGAAUGGUGAGGGCAGAGAGCUUGCAGCAAGUACCGACGCUGGGCAAUUCUUCCGACGUUCGCAGCAGGACUGCCAGCUCCCACAGCGUGCCCGGUGGACUGCGGGAGCUGAAGCUCGGCCGACGCGAAUCCAGCUCAUCUGUGCAGAGCGUGCGACAUUCAAUCCUGCGCAACACGUCGCCAAUCGCAACAGACCUCGCUGCUCCGACUUUGCGAACGGAGUUCGCAUCUCCAGAAGGCUCAACCGGUGUUUCGCCUUCGGACCUGAUCUCUCCUGCUACAGAUGCAUCUGCUGGCGAACAGCUGAGUGCACCGACCGCCCGACGAGGCUUCUCGAAACGAACAUCGUCACUUGCUACGCAAGACAUCUUUGCAACGAAGCAACACGAGGCUGUGCCGGAAGAAGCGCUGCUGGUCGAGCUGGUGAAUGCGAAAACUGCUGAGGCACAGGCAUUACAAGAGCUCGACGAAGUCAAGAAAGCACUCUCUGUCUCGAAGCGAAAGCAAGAAGAGAUGAUGGCCCGUAUGCAAGCGGAAAUUGAUGCCGUAAAGGCGGAAGCCAAACUCGCAGCCGACAAAGCUGAUGCAGCUAGCAAAGCUGGCGAGCAGGAUGCCACAGGCACAUCUACGCUCGCUGCCGCCACGCAGAUAUUCUCGUUGCCAACGACGCCUUUUAGCAACCCUCUAGCGAGCGUGGCGUCGUCCGGAAAGAACACGCCCGCGAGCACAACACCGUCUGACGAGAAGUCCGACGAACUUCACGUAGCCAAGAAGCCCGACGCCCCUACACCUGGCGGCUGGUUCUGGCAGCGGCGAACAGCAUCUAAGAGCUCCAACGUGAGCCCGGCUGCGGAAGAGCCGAAGUGAUUCGUUUCUCGAAGGCAAAACAUGCCUGACAAACCUUUCUACUUUCAGCUUCGAAGAAAUGUAAUGUCUUGAUGUGGAAAAUUUUUGGGCUUUUUUGGGCGUGCCAUGAACGAUGGCUUUUGUGCAUAGUAGGCGAGGAGGCAGUCGCUGAACCAAGUUCAGUCUGAACUAUUAGUGUGUAGCAUAGUGUAUGAACCAACAAGACGUGUUGUAUCG